GAAGGUGACGGCCGCGAUGGGCAAGAAGAAGAUCGCGAAGAGGUCCAAGAUCAAGUCCUUCGUGAAGGUUUAUAACUACAACCACCUGAUGCCCACCCGGUAUUCCGUUGAUAUUCCCCUGGACAAAACAGUGGUCAACAAAGAUGUGUUCAGGGACCCUGCUCUAAAGCGCAAAGCAAGACGUGAAGCCAAGGUGAAGUUUGAGGAAAGGUACAAGACAGGCAAGAACAAGUGGUUCUUCCAGAAGCUGCGAUUCUAAAGGUGUAACCAGGUUGCAUCAAUAAAUGUUUGUUAAAAGCC